GGAUCUCUGUCUUCUCAUCUAUAAAAUUCCAAUAGUAAUUCUUUAUUUUCUAGUUCGUUGUUUUACAAACUGAACAAUUUCUGUGCCUGAUAUUCAGUAGGAAGUCAGUGACUCUUCCGAAGGUAGGAGCAUCUCUUCAGCCUUCAUUCAUUGUGUCAAUCCCCUUGCUCAUUCUGUAACAUCUGUUAAAAUACACAUGAAGACCCAGAGAGUUUUAGGGUCAGAGGAUAUAAUCAGAGUAGUUUGUUAGCACUUAUUUUGCCUAAACAUGAUUAAACUAUUCUUAGAUAUGAGUCACAAGCUGCCAAGUAUCAGCAUGAUGUGCUGUGGAAAGGAAGCCUCAAAGAUUGGAGGGAGGUACAGAGAGGAACUGCCUCUACUUGGACAGUUGUUCCUUUUGGGAUUAUAAUGGUUUCAGUCAUCUCAGUAUGCACACAAUUAUUCCUUUUAGAGAAAUUUCCUGAUCCAUGGGAAUAGCAGUCUGUAGUCCCACAGGAUUUAAGGAGAUAUUAAAGGCUUUCUUAUUAAAAAAAAAAAAAUCAGAAUUUAAGUAGAAAAACAACCUUCAUGAGUGAUGUAGAUAAGGGAUUUAUUAUUGGGAUUAAAUCUCACAUGACUGUAGGAAAUGAGGGGUGAUUGAAGGAUCAGAAAAAAACACAAAGGAGCAUGAAGAAGAGCUUAUGAAGAUCUGUGGAAAACUGUGACCUCUGCUUCUGGUGGUGAGAAUGAAGUCAUGGGAGGUCCCCUGAGUAGCUGGACAAAGCCAGAUGGAUCUGGGACCCAUGAGUACAAACAGGAAGCCAUGAGGACAACUGGAAUGCAUGAGGGCAUCUUUAGACCUGCCAGGACAAACUGGAAUAUGGACUCUCACUGAAUUUAACCCAGUGACACUAAUCAUCUCUAAGAAACUCUGGUUGCUUUCAUCAGGGCUCUUGAUCCAGUACUCAGAACACAAUGGAGGAUGGAGAGAAAGGAUUAAAACAAGGUGAGCCAACCAUGACUGGCAAAACACAGACCAGCAACGUCACCAACAAGAAUGACCCCAAGUCCAUCAACUCGCGGGUUUUUAUCGGCAAUUUAAACACAGCCAUUGUCAAGAAAGUUGACAUUGAAGCCAUUUUUUCAAAAUAUGGGAAAAUAGUUGGAUGCUCGGUUCACAAAGGUUACGCAUUUGUACAGUACAUGAGUGAGCGGCAUGCGAGAGCUGCAGUGGCUGGAGAAAAUGCCAGGAUCAUCGCGGGUCAACCGCUGGAUAUCAACAUGGCAGGAGAACCUAAACCAUACAGACCAAAACCUGGAAACAAGAGGCCCCUUUCUGCUCUUUACAGACUUGAAUCAAAGGAGCCUUUCCUAUCUGUUGGUGGUUACGUCUUUGACUAUGAUUACUACAGAGAUGAUUUCUACAAUCGGUUGUUUGAUUACCACGGACGUGUGCCUCCACCUCCCCGUGCUGUGAUCCCGCUGAAGCGUCCCAGAGUGGCGGUCACCACAACUCGCAGGGGGAAAGGAGUCUUUUCAAUGAAAGGGGGAUCAAGAUCUGCUGUUAGUGGGUCUUCCUCCUCAGGCUCUAAAUUGAAAUCAGAUGAGUUACAGACAAUCAAGAAAGAAUUAACCCAGAUCAAAACUAAAAUUGACUCCUUGCUAGGGCGCCUGGAGAAGAUUGAGAAGCAGCAGAAGGCAGAGGCAGAAGCUCAGAAGAAGCAGUUGGAAGAGAGUAUAGAGCUGAUCCAAGACGAAUGUGUGUCAGAGAAUGCAGAUCACUCUACAGAAGAGCCUGCUGAAGGAGGGCAAGAUGCGGAUGGAGAAGAGAUGACUGAUGGGAUAGAGGAGGACUUCGAUGAAGAUGGGGGUCAUGAGCUGUUUCUACAGAUAAAGUGAUCUGAAAUAAUGUAUGAUGACACAAUAACAGAAAAAAGAAACUGUGACAACCCCUGGAAAUGUGAAAGAAGGUUUCCUACUGGAUUGCAGCAUCUUUGGUUCAAUUUGUAUAAAAACCCAAAUAAAUAAGAUGGACAGUAUUGUUCAAUUUUAGAGAUUCCAUUUCUUCUAUGUUCUAAGCUGUACAAUUGUCAGGUUUUUAUGGUUUAAAUUGUAAAUGUGUUUCCCUCUUGCUAAUUAUGGUUUCUUUUUUUUAAGUCUUAAACUGUGAAGGACAUUUAUGAAUGGUAAGAGAGACACUGUAUACAAAUGUAUAUUUGUAAAAGCUAUUUUUAUGAUUAGCAUGUCUCAUUGUUGACCAUAUAUAAAGUCAGGUGGUAUGGCAAUUCUACAUUUAAAGCUUAUUUACAACAACGUCAUGUAAGAAAUGAUACAUUGUAUGCUAGUUUUUAUAAUUUAUUUUUAAUUUAUAGUCUAAAGUACUUCAGAUCAUAAGGAUAAAAUUCUUGAAAAAGUUAUAUUUCUGCCCUCUAUAAGCACCAUUUUUAUUAAUAAAGAAUGCAGUUAUUUCAGAUGUGAGACAACAGUUAACUGUUGGUUUAACCUGUGACUAAAUUGAGCAUGCUCCGCUCUACUGAACUGAAAUGAUCCAGUUAUUACCUAAUAUUUCAGUCUGGGCAUGAGAUUCCACAGACAGGUUUAAAUGUUCACACAGGUGAGAACUAGAUUGACAAAAGAAGAUUGUCUUGUCUUUGAAUCCAAAAAUCUCGAUUUAGCUCAUAUAUCACUUCAUCUCCUAUUCCUAGGAAUUCUUCAUUCCCGAGCAUUGCAAGUGUUUUCCAAAUACUCUUAGCUAUUGUCUUGUGCUGUGGAAAUGGAAAAAACCAUAUUCACAGACUGUAGAAUUCAGCAUAUAAUUUCUUAAUAAAUACUGUUUCUUUUAA